AUGUCUUCAAAAACUCAAGUUCAGGAAACAAGUCGGCAUUUGGAUCUCGAGGCUGCGAUCGAGGCCCUUGAUAUACACAAACUUGACGCGACACAGCUCAAGAAGUUCAACAUCCCCCUCUGCGGUAUGACUCUCGAUCAAAAUUCAAAGCUGAAGCCUCACUUCUUCGCGGCAAGACCCAAUAUCCCGCAACCCAACGAUGAGAUACUCGAUGACGUCUGUUCGUCACACCCUUCUUUUACAGACAUGUUUUCCCUUGCACACCACGCCUAUAUCUGCUGGGACUCCUAUGCCUUUCACGACGUAGAUUUCCUCGAUAGCGCGCCUUGGCAUUGGAAGGAAAAAGAGCUGUAUCAGUAUGACUCUCCCGAAUUUGGCGCCUUUACGACAACAGAUAUUGCAGGAAGCAAAUUUACGCAUUUUAAAGCAGCCAUAUACAACGAUUUGGAGGCGGACGACGAAACCUAUUUCCGUGGGGAGCUCUUGAUCAUCCUUCGCCUGAUGUUGGGCCAACUAAGAAAGAUACGCUUACUUUGCCACUAUAAAGCUCCGGUUUUACUUAUAUCAUUAGCGGGCAACCAUGCACGUUUAUUGGAGUUCUAUUUCGAUGAUGAAUCGGUAUCCCUCAUCGUGCGCUCCGGUCUAUACGAAUUAUCCGACCGGAUAUCGACAUCGAAAGUGUUCAAGACACUCGCCGAGUAUUAUCUCAGCGAUCCAGCAGGAAAUACGGCAGAAGCCGUGGUCUCUGAACAAUGA